AUGGGCAAACACUUGAUCUUUCAGAUACAGCAUCAUGAAACUUUACCUAAAGAUCGUCAAACUUUGUUAUACAGUGCAACAUUCCCCAAAGAAAUUCAAUUAUUGGCAAGAGACUUUUUACGACCUGGUCAUUUGUUUUUGCGAGUUGGUCGUGUUGGUGGAACCACUACUAAUAUGACUCAAAAGGUGAUAUUAGAUACUAUUGAACGGCUACUUAUAGAAUCAUCAGGGGACGACUCGACUAACCCAGAAGCAAACAAAACGACAGCAACAAUCAAAUAGCAUCAUUUCUGUCUUCGAUGGUGGCUCCGUUGAUAUUAGCUGUGGCAAGCCACUUGAAAUGUGAAGGACCAGAUCAGAUUAUUGAACGGAUGCAUUCAACCGGGACGACUACCGGAAAGUGUGAUUCACCGUGGCAAUCCUUCACUGAAUGCUUGGACGUAUUCCCUGGAAACUCUCUUUAUGAAGUCAUCGUCCAGGAUUUCUACUAUUUGAACGUAUACCAAGUGAUUAUUAACUUGUCUACUGUUGGAGAAAAACCUUUUUCGCCUCUUUAAUUAAUUUUUUUUAUUUUUAUUUCCUUCUUGUCCUUUUUCCCUCUCUCACACUUUUUCCCUCUCUCAGGCCUUUUUCCUGUUACACGCUUCCUUAUUGAUGAUUAUAAUUUUUUUAUAAAUAGUG